UCAAAGCAGCCACAAACAAACACAAUAAUAAAAUAGGACAACAGACCCAGGGAAGCCAAGACUUUAAUCAGAAACACCCCUUACCCAACAAAAAUAAAAUAAAAUAAAAUCAAAGCUGCCAAAACAACCCCAAAGUGGAACAAAGUGCAAAGCAGCUGCAGGAGAGGAGAAGGGGAGCAACUCCAGCAGUUUGGUCACAAGCUGCUCUGGCUCUUUAAAAACUUGCUGCCCUGUGCAGUGAUAAUAGUAUUUGGAGAGCUACAAGUGGCUGAGGGCAGGUCCAAUAAGCGCCCUCAGCACCUCCCUCCCUCCCCCCCUCCAAGAACUCUGGUUACAAAUCCUCGCUCUUUUGCCCAUGACAGAAAUGUAUAUAAACCCCCAGAAAAGCAGAUGCACUUGAAAAGACAGGUACAGGGGGCAGGGGCUGGGUAGCCCCUCCACGGGCGCUGGAGUUGGAGAGGCUGGUGCUGACAAGAGCGCGCUGCUGGGGAUCCUGACAGCUGGAUUACCGGUGCGAGCGGGCUUAGGUGCAGGCUUUGAUUGUUUCUUUCCCCCUCGCAUGCCUGGAUCAGGCUGCUGUGGCUGCUGAUCUGAAACUGCUCCUGGCCAUCCCUUUCAGCAGCGCCUGGGAUCAUGCUGCUGCUUCCAGGCAUCUUUGGGCUGUGCCUGGCCGUCCUGCCCUCGCUCUGCUCCCCCCUGGAGAGCGAGAUCGUGACUCCGCUCCGCUUAGACCCGGACAUCAAUGGGCGGCAGUAUUUCAGAAGGGGCCCGGAGGAGCCCAGCCCCCAGGGGGUGAUUUUCCAGAUCACCGCUUUCCAGGAGGAUUUCUACUUGAACCUGACUCCAGACGCGCAGUUCAUUGCGCCCGCCUUCGCCAUCCACUACCUGGGCGCAUCCCCCAGCGCGGCCAGGGAGCGCCCCGACCUCAGGCACUGCUUCUACUCCGGAGAUGUCAACUCCGACCGGGAAUCCUUCGCAGCCCUCAGCCUCUGCGGGGGGCUCCGGGGGGCUUUCGGGUACCGAGGGGCUGAAUAUCUCAUCAGCCCGCUCCGGAAUGACACCGGGAACGGGGCGCUGAGGAACAGCCAGGGGGAGCACCUCUUGCAGCGCAGGAGCGCGCCUAUCCAAGCCGGAGACCCCACCUCCAGGUGCGGCGUGGGCUCCAGCCUCAACCCGGCCAUCCUGCAAGCUCUGGAGAAAUACAAAGGCUCCCACCAGCAGCGGAAGAAGCAGCUGAACGAGACCAGGCUGCCUAGGAAGAGCGGCCGCUCCAAGCGCUUCGUCUCCAUCCCCAGGUACGUGGAGACGCUGGUGGUGGCUGACGAGUCCAUGGUGAAGUUCCACGGGGCUGACUUGAAGCACUAUCUGCUCACCCUCAUGGCCACGGCGGCCAGGCUCUACAAGCACCCCAGCAUCCUCAACCCCAUCAACAUCGCGGUGGUCAAGUUCCUGGUCAUCGGCCAGGAUGACAAGGGGCCCAAGGUCACCGGGAACGCGGCGCUCACCCUGCGGAACUUCUGCGCCUGGCAGAAGAAGUGGAACAAAGUGAGCGACAAGCACCCCGAGUACUGGGACACCGCCAUCCUCUUCACCAAGCAGGAUUUGUGUGGCGCCACCACCUGCGACACCCUGGGGAUGGCUGACGUUGGCACCAUGUGUGACCCCAAGCGCAGCUGCUCAGUCAUCGAGGACGACGGGCUGCCAUCUGCCUUCACCACGGCUCACGAGCUGGGGCACGUGUUCAACAUGCCCCACGACAAUGUGAAAGUCUGUGAGGAAGUCUUCGGCAGGCUGAAGACCAACCACAUGAUGUCACCCACCCUCAUACAGAUCGAUCGUGCCAACCCCUGGUCGGCCUGCAGUGCCGCUAUAAUCACCGACUUCCUGGACAGCGGGCACGGGGACUGCCUGCUGGAUCAGCCCAUCAAGCCCAUCUCGCUGCCAGAGGACCUCCCUGGGGCCAGCUACAACCUCAACCAGCAGUGCGAGCUGGCCUUCGGCCUCGGCUCCAAACCCUGCCCCUACAUGCAAUACUGCACCAAGCUCUGGUGCACGGGGAAAGCCCGGGGUCAGAUUGUUUGCCAGACGCGCCACUUCCCCUGGGCUGACGGCACCAGCUGCGGGGACGGGAGGUUCUGUUUGAAGGGCACGUGUGUCGAGAGGCAUAACAUCAGUAAGUACAGGGUGGAUGGCAGCUGGGGGAAGUGGACCUCGUAUGGUCAGUGCUCUCGGACCUGCGGUGGAGGAGUCCAGCUAGCCAAGCGCGAGUGCAACAGCCCCACGCCUGCCAAUGGAGGGAAGUACUGUGAAGGUGUCCGAGUCAAGUACCGCUCCUGUAACCUCGACCUUUGUUCUGAGUCAGGGCUAGGAAAGAGUUUCCGAGAGGAGCAGUGUGAGGCUUUCAACGGCUACAAUCACAGCACCAACCGGCUCACCGCCACUGUCUCUUGGGUCCCGAAGUACGCGGGAGUCUCACCUCGGGACAAAUGCAAGCUCAUCUGCAGAGCUAAUGGCACUGGUUACUUCUACGUGUUGGCUCCUAAGGUUGUGGAUGGCACUCCCUGCGCGCCUGACUCCACCUCGGUCUGCGUCCAGGGCAAAUGCAUCAAAGCGGGAUGCGACGGCAAGCUGGGCUCCAAGAAGAAGUUUGACAAGUGCAGCGUGUGUGGAGGAGACAACAAGAGCUGCAAGAAGGUUUCAGGCUUGUUCACCAAACCCAUGCACGGCUACAACUUUGUGGUGAUCAUCCCAGCAGGAGCCUCCAGCAUUGACAUCAGGCAGCGGGGCUACAAGGGCCUCAUCAGCGAUGAUAACUACCUAGCUCUGAAGAACAGCCAAGGCAAGUAUCUGCUGAACGGGCACUUCAUCGUCUCGGCUGUGGAGAGGGACCUGAUGGUGAAGGGCAGUGUGCUGCGGUACAGCGGGACGGGCACGGCGGUGGAAAGCCUCCAGGCCUUCAAGCCCAUCCAGGAGCCACUGACCGUGGAGGUGUUGUCAGUGGGGAAGAUGACUCCACCACGCGUGCGCUACUCCUUCUACCUUCCCAAGGAGAGCAAAGACGAUAAGUCCUCUUACCGGAAAGAUGGGAAAAAGCCGCCCGUGCUCAACAACAAUGUCCUGAGCUUAUCCAAUCGCUUGGAUCCGGGCAGGCCGAAUUACAAACGUGUGUCCUACAAGUGGGCGGCCAGUGGUUGGGAGGCCUGUUCCGUCUCCUGCGGCAACGGGCUGCAGAAGCGCUCCGUACACUGUCGCGACUCCUACGGCCAACUGGCCUCCGUGUGCGAUGCUGCUCAGCGGCCCGUCGAUGUCAGGAUAUGCGGCGACCCCUGUCCCAUGUGGGAGGUGAGCCCCUGGUCCCCCUGCUCCAAAACCUGCGGCCGGGGCUUCAAGAGGCGCAUGUUGAAAUGCACUGCGCGGGCCGGUCAGCUCUUGCCUCGGGAUCGCUGCAACCUCAGGAAGAAGCCUCAGGAGCUGGACUUCUGCACCCUGAGGCCAUGCUGACCCCACGGGCGCUGCUUCCAAAGAAGGCCUGGUGUCUCUCUGGCUGGAGAUAAAUGGCUGAAGGCUGAACAGCAGCCGGGGGGAGGGAGAAGGGGAGCUGUCUGAAGUGAAGGGUCUGUUACAUAGGGCAUAUCAGCGGACAAAGAACUUGUACGCAGGGCGAGAGCAUGCACACGUGAGAGGGGCCCAGUGUGGUGUUAUAGAACAGGUUGCUCAGAGAUGGAGUAAAAUAAACAUCUACCUCGAAGCUGCCAAACUGUCCAGGCUCCCUCCCCAUCCAGAGGAGGCUAUGGGCGUGAGGGGGAAGGACAGGAAUGAGAGCAGGACUGGUUUCUGGGGACUGCUCUCUGGGAUCCACCAAAACAUCAAAGGACAACAAGAGUGUGUUUCUAUAUCGCCAUGGCCAGCCUCCCUUUAGGCUUCAAAGGGUCAUGCCCCAACCUCCAAAACACUAGUGCUAGAUGGGACCAAAAAGAAUUACCAUUGCAAGGACGACAAACUAUACUGCUUAACGACCAGUGCAAUGAAGUGCUGGGGUCUAUUAAGAACUGAUACCUUCAGGGCUUGCUAGCAAUGACUCUGCAGCCAGUGUGUUGCUGCUCUCCAGACCUGUGCAGCAGCGUUGUUGUGCAGGGCUGUACGUGGGUCAUUGAUCAGCAGCUUUUGCUUUUCAUGUGUAUGGACCGAACAACGUAGAUUCUUAUGGUGCUUAAUAUCUGUAUUUUUAUUUUCCUUCCUCGUGGUUGACGCAAACCCUGCGUGCCUGGGGUAAUUUUGUCAUUUUUUCCAUUGGAUCCUCUCAGAAGACUAUGCCUCUUUAUAUGGUGCUUUGAGAAGGGUGUAUGGAGGGGCAGUGUAUCUCUAAUACAAGGUGGGUAUGUAUUUUAAAGAAACCUCUUUAGACCAAAUACCAUUUACACUUAGGUCCCUUUUUGCUUUGCUAAUAGUGUAAAGGUGCCUUAAAAGAAGCACAAAUUGCAUUCCCAUGACCCCUUUACAUGGCUGAAGCAUAAAGGGAUCUUGGUGUACAUGAGAAUAUGGCUAUAAUUCUAGGAGGUACUGCACAAUGGUGCCCCACCACGGUGCUUCCUGCCAAGAGCAUUGUAUGUGUGACUGCCACGGGUGGCAAAUAUUGAGUCUUUUUUCAAAAUGGUGCUCCGUGUAUGUUACUGUCACUCCGUGCCCAGUAGUUGCACUAUCCUCCACCCUCUUCUCCUAACAUCGUUGUUCAGGGUUAUUUCUCAAAGACACAUAGAGAUCUUUGGUGCUGAAGUAUAAAAGAAAUGGGGACUAACUCUCCUCCCAGAAAAUGAAUGCAUGGGCCUUUCUGGCCUUAAGAUCUAUGCUAUGUACCCUACUUAAGCCCAUCUCUAAUUUUAUGGGGUGUGUCUAUCCUGCAAUUGUGGAGCAUGAUUACAUCUUGUGCAGACAUACCUGAGCUAGCUUUAAUCUAGCAAGUUCAGGUCCUGGAGCAGUGACGCUGCAGUAAUGCAUGCUUCAGCCCAGGCUAGCAUCAGCAGGGGUCCAGGAAGGCUUGGACAACCCGUGCUGAAGCACAAGCCAGCACAGUUUCAUUUCGCCAGGACCCAGACUAUCUAGAUUGAAGAUAGUUUGGAUAGGUCAACUCAAGCUGUAAUCAGAUCCUGCGAUUGCAGUGUAGACAGACCCUAAGGAGUCUGUCUACACUACCUGCCGGAUUGGCGGGCAGUGAUCGAUACAGCAGGGAUGGAUUUAUCAUGCCUAGUCUAGAUGCGAUAAAUUAACCCCUGAGCGCUCUCCCAUUAGCUCCUGUACUCCAGCUUGGCGAGAGGCGCAGGCAGAGUCAACGGGAGAGUGUCAGCUAUCAACUUACUGCAGUGAAGACACUGCAGUAGGUAGAUCUAAGUACGCUGAUUUCAGCUACGUUAUUCACGUAGCUGAAGUUGCGUAACUUAUAUUGAUACCCCCCAGGGCUGUCUGCAAGUGUUUCAACUGUCAUCAAGGGGACAACUCACCGGUUUAAAGUGAGGCAUAUGCCUUGCUGAAUUGUGGCCCCUGUAGCCCGAUUUCCCCACCUGUUCAGUGGGGAUCACGAUACUUGCUCAUUUUUUGCAAAGCUUUUUGAGAUCUUAGCAUGGAAGAUACCAGAGCAGGAGAAAGUAUUUUUUAUUAUUGGCCCUUGGCUGGGUUGUAACUCAGGUGUUGAACCGAAGACCAACCAUCUUCCAGUGCUAGAGAACAGCAGCUAGCUGUAGACCCCCUGCACUCUAAACAACUCAUGAACAACUCACAUUUAAAUGUUGCUUGGCAGUGGGCUAUUUGUCAAUUCCUGCCCCUCUAGUGGGCUCCGCAUGGCUCCACCAUAGCCUUUCUUACCCAUGUGCCCCCUUCCAGCCAGCCCACUGGAUCCAUUUUGAUAGGACAUUCUUCUAGAGCGAGCUUGCCCUCAUGAGCCCACCUCCCAAGUGUGGGCCCAUAACAGAGCAUCCAAAUCUCUCGUUUGAGCAUACAACUGCGUACUGAAGGGCACAAAAUCUGUCCUAUAGGCAAAGUGCUGCACUGAGCAUUGUUGGAUGUUUUUUCCAAGCUUUGCCCAUGGAUCAUUCUCCAGCCCCCAAGCCCUAUAUUGUCCAGAGGACUCGCUCUGAUGUUGGGAUGCCAGCAACAGUAGUUAGGGAAUGUCUUGCGAGGCAGCCUCUCCACUCUAUGGGGAAAAUGAUUCUUCCUUGUCCCACUGAAGCAAGUAGGAAUUCUGGCAUAGACUUCCGUGGGAUGGGACUGGGCCCAAAGAUCUCUGGGGUUCAAAAUAACCCCACCUGGAAAUUCAACCGAUUUUUUAUUACAAAGGGCAUUAACCACACCUAAUGCUGAAUUUCAGAUCAACAUACUAUAGCACUGGGAUUAUAGACAGUUCUUCAAUGGCAAAAGCCCUUUCUUAUUUAUAGAUUUAGGGCUUCUGGGUUGGAUCCUCCUCAGGUUUAAAUCAGCAUAGCACUGUUGCCUUAAUUGCGCCAUUGACUUUGAAAGAGCUACACCAAAUUACACCAACUCUCUCUCCCCACUGUCCUUCACAGAUGCUGUGCAGAAUGGGAGAUGGGGUUUGUUGUUACCUAACUCUAGCUAUGAUUCAGCACUUCAUCUCAUCCUACUUAAAGGCCCUGGUUAACAUCAUCCAAUAUUCCCUUAAAAAUGUGCCCAGUCUCCAGAACAAAUCAGCUCUUGAGUGUUUACUUCACUUUUCCUCCCAGUGUUUAAUGAUCAAUGAGCAUUGAUAAGAUAGUGUCAACUCUCAGCAUUCCCAUAAUCUCUCAUGAUAUAAAAUUAGUAUCAGCAUAGGGGAGAGAGAACUUUGACUGGUUGGUUACUGGUUACAGAAGAGAAAUAGUAUGUUUUAGUGAGAGAGGAUCAAGAGAAAGGAAACAAAAUCCCAUUGGGCAAGCGGUUACUAGGAUUAUCAAAGAGUUCUGCACUAGGUCAGACUGGACCAGGCCCUAGACCAAUCAGUGUCUGUAUGUAACACUUCUACUUUACCUCUUUCCCUGUCUCAGAGUCCACCCCCUCAUCCUUAGGAAUAUACAUUACGUUUAUUGGUGGGUUUGCUGUGUCUAGCACAGCUGACCCCCUCCUGGUUCCAGUUGUGUAGCUGGUCCUGAGGGGCUGCCCUUUGGGUCUUUCCAUCGAAAAGAAUUGGUUCCCAACACCAUCAAGAAUUGUCACAGUCGUGGGGGUGGGGGGGCGGGGUGGGGGGGGUUGUUUUGUUUUUUUGUGGUUCUUUUGCAAGAUGUAUGGCAGAAGGACAGAAAUGCCUAUUGUACUGGCUGCUUUGUGUAUACCAUGUAUACUGUACAUCAGUCUUUGCUGUUUGUGCAUUGAUAGCAAACCUGAAAUAAAGUGGUAUUUAAAGUU